GAAACGCUUUAGACGAACGGGCGGAUGUAAACACAGUGACGCACGUCCACAAGACUUCGGAGAGGAUUGUCAAAUUCGUUAUUUCUGUCUAUUUUUUGUCGCUGAUGUAGUUGGUCCAAGAUGUGGAAUAUUAUGACAAUAAAGGGCAUCAUCCUUGCGGUGAUGUUCGUGAUGACCUUCGUGUGUUCCAUGAUCCCUGUUAUAUUUGUCAAGCGUAUUCAGCACACACAUGACUCAGGACAGCGGUCAAAGUACCAGACCUGGCUCAGUCUCAUGUCCUGUUCAGCUGGCGGUGUGUUCAUGGGCACCUGCAUCAUGGACCUGUUCCCAGAUGUACAGCAACAAAUUGAAGUUUUAUUGGACCAAAGCACAGUGACAAGUUCAUUCCCAGUGGCAGAGUUCAUCGUCAUCUUUGGAUUCCUGCUGGUGUUAACGAUGGAGCAGAUUGUUUUAGAUUACAAGGAAACAAGCUUACUCAGGAGGCCAGCUGAAGCUGAAGCCUUACUCGCAGAACCCAACGAACGGAGACGAAACUUGCAGCAGCAGCACAGCCUGAGCGGCAUCACAGACCAGCCUGACCUCACAGCGUCAAUACGGAGUGAAACAGGUUCCCUAACCGGAUCAACGCGUGGGUAUGGGACAGCAGCAGAUAGUUGCGACCCCCAGGAUGGCCAUGGUCAUAGUCACUUGUUUGACCACUCCAUCCAUCAAGACAUUGCCUCACACUCUUCUCUUCGAUCUCUGCUUCUUCUUUUUGCUUUGUCCCUCCAUUCCAUAUUUGAAGGCUUGGCAGUUGGUCUUCAGGACACAAUAGACGAUGUUGUGGCCUUAUUCUUGGUAGUAAUCUUCCACAAAGGAAUCAUUGCCUUUUCUCUCGGUCUUAACAUGGUACAGUCGAAGCUAACUGUGGCUCAGAUGCUUUUAGGAAUCAUGUUCUUCUGCGUGACAGCACCUUUUGGUGUUGGUGUUGGGAUGGGUAUUAUGGAGCUUCAGUCCUUCACAACAACCAUUCUGUCAGGCACUCUGCAGGGCAUUGCUUGUGGGACUUUCUUGUAUGUGACAUUCUUUGAGGUUCUUCCCCACGAAAUGAACAAUGGUGAAAACAGAUUGCUCAAGCUUUUGUUCAUCAUCCUUGGUUUCUCAGCAGUCUGUGGUGUCCUGUACUUGGAUCCUGACACGCAGCGCCCUCGAUGCUAUCAACAGCCAGACCCCAUACCCCAGUCAUGAAGUUAGACUUUUCUUGUACUAAUUCAGUCCAAUUUCAUUACUCAUUUAACUAGUAACGAGAUUUUUGCAUACUUUAUGAAGGCAUAAGGAGAAAUACUCCUUUGUAUGUUAGUAUUGUGACUAGACUAUAUAAGUUUUUUUCCCAGGAAAAGACAGUUGGUGUAAGGAAGUUCAGAUCUGAUAAGGUGGAGAGUGCAAAACACCAUUCCAAUGGAACACCGGUGCAGCAAAUAAAGUAUUUUCUAUAAAAUCACCCUUGUCAGUACAGUAUUAUCAACUAUCUUUCUAAAUUGUGGUAACUCAUAUACUAGUACGAAAUUGCACAACUUUUAAAAGUGACUUGUGAGAAUGUGAUUUAUUUUAAGGUUUUUCUUUUAAUCUGCUGUUUUAGUUCUUUCCAGCAGUAGUGUACUACUGCAUCUUAGAGAAUUAGAGAAGUAGAAAUAUUACAUAGUGUCUUGCAUGUGCAUGGUCUUUUGAAUGUUUAUGUUAUUCAAAUUCCAUUGUGUUUAGUAUUUUAUGAUACUUUUUAAAGGUCAGAAAAUGUUAAGCAGUGUAGAUAAUAAACAAAUUAGUACCAUUAUAUGUUGGCAUCGCUGUAGAUGAUCGUAAAAGUGUGUAAUUCCCCACUACAUUGUGUUUGCACUGUGAUAAUAAAUUAUAAUGCUCCGUGUAUAAGUAAACCUGCUCUCAUGUUUUCACUUUAUUAUUAAUCAUUCUUUAUAAUCAAAUCCUGUACAAUCAUAUACUGUAUCUAAUAUGAAUUAAUUGUUUUGUACUUGACAUCAUAAUAUUACUGCUGAAUCAGAGGAGAGGCACCCUUUCUCACAGUGGUCAUUGCCAAAAGGUUGUGUAUAUAAUAUAAACAGAUGUACCCUAUUAGAAUAGAAUUCUUCAAGCUGAAGAAACUGAUAUGAAUAUAUAGUGGACAUAAUAAUACUAUGCUUGAUGCAUAGGAGUGUCACAAAGUGUUCUAUGAAAUAGUAAAUAUUUUUCUUUUAUAUUCCAUAAAAUAGUGUCAAUAACAAAUGUACUGCCAGUUAUUCUUUUUCUUUUGAAAUAUAUUUUUAGAAAUGGUAAAGUUAUAAA